AUGACCAGCAGCAGCAACGGCGCCGACGGUCGGAGGCGCAACCUACCGCGAGGGGGUAACGGCAAGUACAAGUGGACGUUACAACCGCACCACGCCAUUCAGUGGCAGAAGAACUGGCUUAACCUCGCCACGAGGCUCUUCAACAUUGACGAGGACGACGUACUUCUGACCAGCAGCGAGAAGAUCGAAGUGCUCAGUCUUCUCGCUGAAAGAAUUACCGACUCGAACAUUGCUUUGUACAGUCUAGCAGUGGGAUCCUGCAAGAUCGUAGACACGGUCCGCAAGAUUUGCGCAGGGAGGGCGCCUUUUGUCGAGGUCAACGUCUUUACAGCACUGCUCCGGUACAGUUUGAAUCCUCCUGCAGCAUGGCUCGAGACGGAAGCUGUUCGUCAGCGGUGGGAAGCCCUCAAAUACCUUGAACGCUGCGCCAACGGCAUCGAGUUAUACAGCGCAGAGUCGCUGAAGAAGGCCAUGACCAAGGAAGUAGCUUUAGCAGCCACCCACUUGCAAAAAGACAACACUUCAGCAGCGACGAUGCCCUCAUUGGUAUGCACCCCCUUCAGUAACAUUCCCCGAGCGGCUACGCAAAACAGACCGGUCAUUGCUGCAGCACGACCUAGAAACCGGGCAGUAACCAGCUCCAUCACGGCGACGCCACCGUCAAACAAGCGCAAGGCCACCUCGGAGCCGACCCCGCAAGACAUUCCAAAGCCGUGCAAGAAAAUCGCCAACCCCAAGAAGCCUGCGACCCCGAAGAGAGCGGCAACUUCCAAGAAUGGGGUAAGCAAGCUUGUGAUCAAGGGCGGCUCCACAAAGUACGCCAGUCCGAUUCAGGUUCGAAAUGAGAACAGCUCUCCGACCACCAGUCUUCGCCGUGCUCAACGGAACCGUGGCCCCGAAGCCGAACAUUUAGGCGGACGCACCGACGACGUCCUCCUCGCCAAUAUCUUCAAGACUACCGAGGUCCUCAACAAGGUAGCUCGCUAUGAAGACGCUAGCGUCCGCCAGGUCGCCCUCUCGACGUUCAUCGCAGAUCUCCACAAGGCUGGCUGGGGCGACCUGGAGAAGUCGGCUGAGCAGCUUAUCAAGGAUGAAGAUCACAGUUCCCGGUCGUUCCUUGCGAGCGUGAUUAUCGGGAAUGCCUAUGAACGUAUCAACGACGCCGUCGACAAGGACUGCAAGUCGAUCAAGACCGAUAGCGUUGGACCAGCGACAGGGAACCACAAGACCAAGAUCUUACCCACGAGCUGUCAACAGCUGAAAUGA